GAGCAAGCAUUACAUCAAAAAUAACGGCGCGCAAGAAUGCGCGAGCACAAGGAGAUCCGUAACGCUCACGCCUUUGGUGCCUCCGACAUAAAUUAGAAGAGACAUGGAAUUUCACGGGGCAGCGAUAUGUUCAUAACAUCGACCCCCUAACUCUCCUCCCCUUUGGGUUUUCUGUAAAAAGACUCCGAGUCCACGCGUUCUGGGAAGGUUUGGCGAGUAAGGGUUGUGACGUCACGCUUUCACUGCCUUGUCCUUUUCGCGUGUAUUCUGGGCGGAGUUCCGGAGGAACAGCGAGGUUGUUUCUCAUUGGCUAUUCCAGAUACACAAAUGGUAAACAUUAGCUGUGAUUGGUCACAAAAGAAAGCGCACUGUACGGCAAGCCUGGAGGAGAAACUGCAGCAGCAGUAGAAGCGGAGGCUUUAGAGAGAAUCAAAUCAUUGAGAGCCACUGCGGGUGGAAGGAGAGGAAUCUGCCAGUCGCUUUAACUUAAAUGGAUGGGAUGGAGGAGAGAGGAGCUCUACAUACGAAAGAGAAGGGCACUAACUGGGGACAUGUCCACCUUAACCAGGAGAGUCUCUGCAUUAAGAAUGAGGAUUGUGAACAGGGGGCAGUGAGCAUAAAGGAGGAGCCUGAGGAGAAACCCAUCAUCCGUGAUAUGCAAGAACACAGAGUUACCAACCAUGUCAAGAAAGAGGACCUUCAAUCAGAGUCCGUCGGUCAACACGGUGAUGCAAGUGGGUUAGUCUGCCCACACGGUAGACACUGUGCAGAUAAGGUGAAGUCUGAUAUUGAAUUGGACACAAAAACCUUUGAGAGGACAGGACAACACUGGAAGGUUGCCCAUCUUCUACAAAUCGGUCUGGAGAAGGUGCACCACAGAGUCCCAGGUUUUCCCCGUCUUUAUCUGUUGAGACUUCACAUCAGGACAACCCACAACAGACACUGGAUGACGAAAAUAUGAAGAAAUCAACCUCUGGAUCAGUGACUUUGACAAGAUCCUCCUUGCAGUUAAGUGCUCUGCCUGUUGUGAAACUAACAAGGAUUGACACAAUUAACACUCCACAACAGGUGGAUGAAACACACUCAGAAGCCCUGCCUGUCCACCAACAGCAAAGAAAAAGUCUGAAAUAUCAGUCUAAAGAUAAAGGUAAUCCGAGGAACCGUACAAGUAAAAGGCCAUAUAGCUGCUCUGAAUGUGGGAAACGAUUUUCACAAAGAGCCAAACUUGAAACCCACAAGAGUGUGCAUAGUGGAAAGAAGCCCUAUUGCUGUUCAGAAUGUGGAAAAGAGUUCAUUUUCAACAGCAGCUAUAAGAGCCACAUGAGAACUCACACUGGAGAGAAGCCGUAUUCCUGUUCAGAAUGUGGCAAAGGAUUCUCCAGUGGAGGAGUCCUUAAAAGACACAUGAGAAUUCACACAGGAGAGAAGCCGUAUUCUUGUUUGGAAUGCGGAAAGGGAUUCUCUGAAAAGAGCAGUCUCAACUCCCACAUGCCAACUCACACCGGAGACAAACCAUACAGUUGCUCCGAAUGUGGAAAGCGAUUUUCAAAGAGGCAGCGUCUUGAGGGACACAUGACCAUUCACACUGGAGAGAAGCCAUACGACUGUGCAGAAUGCGGAAAGAGAUUCUCACAACGAGCCAAACUUGAAGCCCACAAAAGAGUUCAUACUGGAGAGAAACCGUAUUCCUGUUGUGAAUGUGGCAAACAUUUCUCUGAGAAAAGCAGCUGGAGGAACCACAUGACAACCCACACUGGACAGAAGCCAUAUUGCUGUUCAGAAUGUGGCAAAGGAUUCUCCAACAGGGGAACUCUUAAUAGGCAUGUGAAAAUUCACACUGGAGAGAAACCUUAUUGUUGCUCUGAAUGUGCAAAAGGUUUUUCGGAAAGGAGCAGUCUUAUCUCCCACAUGAGGACUCAUACUGGAGAGAAGCCAUACAGCUGUUCUGAAUGUGGAAAGCAAUUUUCAAAACAGCAGCGUCUCAAGAGCCACUUGACAAUUCAUACUGGAGACAAGCCAUAUGGCUGUUUAGAAUGUGGCAAAAGAUUCUGUGACAGGAGAAACCUUGACAAACACAUGAAAAUUCACAGUGGAGAGAAGCCCCACUCUUGUUCGGAGUGUGGUGAAUGUUUUUCAACAAGGAGUCAUCUUCAUAAACACAAAAAAAUUCAUAUUGGGGAGAAACCCUACUGCUGUGAUGAAUGUGGGAAACGAUUUUCUAAAAGAGACCAUCUUGAAAUCCACAAGAGAGUUCAUACUGGAGAGAAACCAUAUUCCUGUAGCGAAUGUGGCAAACGAUUCUCUUGCAAGAGUGGCUGCAAGAGCCACAUGAUAACUCACACAGGAGAGAGGCCAUAUGGCUGCUCAGAAUGUGGAAAGCGAUUUUCCAGUGGGGGAGUUCUUAACAGGCACAUGAGAAGUCACACAGGCGAGAAGCCGUAUUCCUGUUCUGAAUGUGGCAAGCAGUUUUCAAGAAGGAACUAUCUGAAGAGCCAUGCAAGAAUUCACACAGGAGAGAAACCUUAUGGCUGUUUUGAAUGUGGAAAGCGAUUUUCAAGAAGGCAGCGUCUCGAGAACCACUCGAGAAUUCAUGCUGGGGAGAAGCCAUACAGCUGUUUGAAAUGUGGCAAAGGAUUCUGUUACAGGAGGAAUCUUAACAACCACAUGGGAACUCACACAGAUCAGGCCCCAAAAGGUCAACCUGGCCAAGAAAUAAAGAGUGCUGAAGACCGCGCAGUGGUAAAUUGAAGAUGAAGAGGAGAUCAUGCAGUCAAACCAGAAUUUCCAGCUGAAAGUACUAGAAGUUCAGAAUAUCUCCAAUGAGCAGCAAAAGAAAUGUGUGUAGAAAGGGAAAGAUCCAGUAGCAAUGAACACCGAGGGGGAUGAAGAGAACAGGAAGAACGUCAUUUGUUAAUACUAAUAACCAAAUUAAGUAAAAUGAGAGAAAAGCCUCAUCUUUAAAAAGAACGCCCAAUAAUGAACGGAUACACUUGGAAUAGAUUAUCACCCAAAAGUGGAAUGCCCUAUAAAGGUAUGAAGGAAGUAAAAAUGGAAUGGGAUGGAAGUACAACAGUGCCACGAGAGCCAGUGAUCGGCUGCAAAUAUUAACGAAGCAGAAGGUCCAGAAAUUCAAAAAUCAAUGAGAACAUCUGCAGAAACUCGCCCAAACUCUAAAAUGAAUAAAGCGCCUAAAGAGAAUACCCUGUGCAGAAGUGGGCCAGACCUCCUCAAUAGAAGACGGGGAAUUAAAGAAUAGCUCCCGGACCUCGUCGAUAUGGACAAGUACCCAGAAAUCUAUAGAAGUGAGAUGUUACCAGGAAUAGCGUUAAAUAAUAAUAUGUGAUAUCAUAGAUAAGCUCCACAAGGCCACAAUUGAAAUCAAGCCAACCUAAUGGUUUAUAACGGACAUGACACUCGACUGGAUUAGUGCUGUCACUUCUAAAGUGACGGAGCAAAAGAAAAUCAAAGUCAGGAGAAACUGACAAAACUACGGUUGAUCAUGCAUGAAAUGAAUAGAAGAAAUAAGAUGAAUCUUUAUAGGGAGUGUCAUCAAUCAAGACGUAGAUGGGGAAACGUAUGACAUCAAAGUCCUGGCAAAAUACCCGGCAGUUUCAGUGGUUGUUUUGGAGAAUAUUUUACGAAUCGAUCGGAGUGCAGAUGUCUGUCCUAAGCAUUGCAUUAGAAGUAGCCUCAUCUACACAUCAGAGAGCAAGAAGGCAAGUUGGAUCCACUGGGAAACCUAUUGCUGUGUUUGAAUAAACCACAAUGGGAGCCUGGGUGAUAAAUAAAUAUCUCCAAGGAAAGACUGUCAAGGAGUUCAGUUAUGAUGCCUGAACGGUUUGGUUGAACCCUUUUUUAAUGUUUUCUGACAUCAGAGUCAAGUUCAGCUGCACAGCCCCUCCAGUCGGCGAGUCUCGACUUUAUUCCAUCUGAUCACCGCUGAUCUGCCGUGGUGUAACCGUAGCAACCGUUUACAGGGUUUGGUUUGUGUUCGCACGGUAAUCCAGAUUCAUCAGAUAACAUACCUAGGGUGGGAUAAGAAGACUGGUCACAAUGACCAAGUUGGAAAAUUGUAGGACAGUCUCCCAGAAUGCAUCUCUGUGUUCUUUGCCAUUAGCAACCAUAUACUUGUAAAUAUUGUUAUUACUGUAUAUCACUUUGCGUUUGCUUAUUAAGAAACGGUUCAUUAUUGUAAA